AUGGAAGCUCAUGUGAAAUACCUCUCUGAACUGAUACUAGCCAUUCGAGAGUCAAGGUUGAAUGAAACAGCGGUUGAUGGGCAUUCGAAAAAAAUACAAACAAAACUACCGUCAAAUGAUAGUGAGCUGAAAAGCUUAAAGAUAAUAACAACACUUAUCAAGAAUCUUAACAAUGAUCAAAGAGCAAACCUUAUGCAGAACGAUUCAAUUUUUGCAAAAACUAUAGAUGCAUUGGAUUUAUUAGUACGAACAAAUCCGUACUUGCUGGUACAUUCAGGUAAGGGGAUAGAUAUAACAAUCAUUUUUGAUGAAUUUAUCUCGCUCUCGAUCAGUAACUAUAAGAACUACCACAGAAUGUGGUUUAUACGACGAAAACUGGGUAAAUGGUGCAAGAUCGGCGCACAAUUAUAUGGUAAUCAUUUCAAGAAUACACUCUCAAAUCAUUGUAGUUUACAUCUUGAUAGAUGUGAGCGUACAUUGACUCAGUUACUCUCUACAAGAAGUGAGCUUGAUGACCUCCUUUAUGCUUUAAGGAAGCUGUAUGUCCUCUGCUUCUGGUUUUGCUCAAAGCAGGAUUGUUUUGGAAAUUCAAUCACCAUUCUAGAUUCGUCGCUGGCGGUGAAUAUUUGGAAUUUUCAGUUUGAAAAACUCAUGAGGAUUGUUUUUUACGUCUUUGAGUCUAUUGUAAUGCCGUCGGAUGCUUUAGAGUUACAAGAAUUAUCUGCUCAAUAUCUAACGUUAGUGGUCGAGCACUUGUACAACAAAUCGUCUCCGUUGAUACCCAAUGCUCAAAUUGUAUCUACAGCACAGCUAAAAUUUACUUUGGAACUUCUUCGUCAGUUCUUGGAAGGCCAGAACUUUGUGGUUAAAGGUCAGGAUUCUGCUAUUGCAAAAUGUGUACUUAGAGUAUAUUUAUUGUGCACUUCACAAUAUUGCGACCAUUCCAGUGACUUUUUCAGGACAUUCGUGGAUAAUUUUCCAGUCGAACAGUGGUUCAACUUGGACAACUUAAUUAAGGAAAGCUCCGGUUAUUUCGCUAACAGUCCAAUUACAAAUAAAGCAAUAUCAUUAGUAGUCUUUGACAUCAAAAGACGAACAAUUCCUCGUGAAGCUUUAGUAUAUGAGAAAACCUAUGGUAUUUGGAGUUGUGAAUCCGAUGAAAACAAUUUUUUCGCACUUUUAAUGGAGCCAUUUGAGAAAAGAUAUAAACAGCUUAAUAACAUGCGUAUUUUAUUACUGAAGCAAUUUGAUGCUACCCACAAAAACACUCUUUUACAUUAUGAAUUGAUUUUUCUUGCGCCUGGUAUUGUGGAGAGAGCUGGAAACGACUUUCAGAAGUUACUGGAUGAAGUUUCCUUCUCAAUUAAACAAUGUUUUGAAUCCAAGAAAGAUAGUGAUUUGAUUUCUUGGACAAGAGUGUUAGGAAGACUGGUAUGUUUUGAAUCAACUCAAAGGAGCCUAAGCGAUGGUCUCAAAUCAUGGGAGGUCUGUAGUCAUUGCGACAAAUUGAGGUCUGGAAAUAUAUUUCAGUCAAUCGAUCCUGAUAGACCAUCCGCGACAAAGUCAGCAACAUUUCAGCUAUUCAAAAAAGCCUUUCUUAAUCAUCCUGACUUGGAAAGCUUCAGCGAAUGCUUGUUAGGAGGGAUACUAAUGUGCAUGCAAAGAUCAUUUUCACAUUAUCAGCCCCCACGACUCAUUCUUCCUGCUAGUGGAAAUCUGGUGUCACUAGAAAACAACGAGUUCAACAUCAUUCAGAAGUGCUAUCCAACUCAAAGUAGGUAUCUCCGAUCUCUUUCAUCACGAUUGAUACCAUUAUGGAACAUCACUAACUUAAACAAUCCAGAUGAUCAACACACGGCUAUUUUAAUUCGAUUCCUACAGGAAAAUGAAGAUUUGUACAUGAUUGAGACUUCAGUAAUGACUUGGGUCCAACUUGCUCUGACUACAAGUGGUGAGGUUUUUGAUUUUCUGCUCUUAAAAUUAAUCAGUACUUUUAAUUCAGAUGACUAUUCAGCACACAUCAUGAUGGAGUUUCAAAUUAAGCACAUGGCAAAAACUUUGCGCAAGACCCCGUAUCUUCUUUUGUCUCCUAUCUUACCAGUGCUUUUAAAACAAGUAGGUAAGAAUCUCGUUGAGCGAAAUUUUUACUUUCAGCGACUCAUCAGACUGUUGGGAUACUCAGCCAAAACAAUUCUUGAGAUUUACCAACGAUACAUCAUACCCCACGCUAUAACUCAAUACAAAACAGACGCAUUCAAUGAAAUUGCUCGAAUAAUGUGUGAUAAUGACACAAAUGCAAUAAAUGAAAAAAAAUAUAUGCUACUAGAUAAAAAUAGUAGGCAAAUAUUUGCAGUAGCCCUGGUUAAAUAUGGGUUUUUCUCUGUUGAUACAAUCGAGACGCUCUUCAUGAAUAGGGUUCCCUCAUUCGAGAAAAAGUACAUAUCUGCUUACUUGCCCGAUUAUAAAACACUAACCGAAGUAUUGAAAAUGUGCAAAGGAGAGGACACCCAUGAUACUACUAGUUUCGAAAAUGAAAACAUGGUAAUUGGAUCCCUUCGAUUUUUGGUUACAAACUUCGAAAAAGAUAAAAGACAUGGCUCAAAAUAUAAAAACAUCAAAGAAUGGUCUAGCGAACAGGAAGGAAUUUUUCAAACUAAGCUGCAAGAGAAUAUAUUGGGUAUAUUUCAGGUGUUCUCAAGCGAUAUCCAUGAUGUGGAAGGGAGAACGAGUUAUUAUGAAAAAUUAAGAGUGAUCAACGGCAUCUUAUUUCUUAUUAAAUGGGCCUCUACGAAAGCCAUUAUAUCUGCUCUUGCUCAGAUAAGUAUAUGUCUUCAGACUGGAUUGGAGAUCAGUGAAGUGAGGCAUUGUUCUUUGAAAUGCUGGAAGCAGCUAAUAAUGAGAUUGAACGAAGAGGAAUUAUCAACAAUUAUCGAUGGCUUAAUUUGUUUUAUACUCCAAAGUUGGGACGUUUUUGAUACAAGACUCAGAACUACUGUUUAUGAAAUAUUUGACAUUUUAAUCAAAUUCAAAGCCAAUUUAUUACUUAAAAUCAAGCCAUAUAUUACGCUUACGUUAGUAAUGAAGUCUGAAAUUGAUAUUCUGUCGAGAGAUGGUGCAUUUUCGAGAUCUGUUAGCAAAGUGCAAAGUAAUACAGACUGGACCCCAAUUUUUUGUGAUAAUAUGAAAAGCAAUAACAAAUAUGUGUUGCACCAAACAUUAAAUGAUCUAAAGCUUCAUUUGAGGAGACAACAAUCCGAACACUCGUCGGAUAUCUUUUACAAGCAUAACGAAGCUUCAAAUAUCACGCUCAUCUUGGGAGCAUUACUUGAUUUAUCUCAUAGAUUUAAGAAUAUUGAUAGGGUACUGUGUGAAAAUUGCGCGAAGUGCAUUAGUAUGAUAGGAUCAUUGGACGCUACAAAAUUCAAGCUCGACAGAGGUGUGUCCACUAAAAACAAGGUAUAUGAUCUCAAUGAUGAAGCCCAAACAAUUAAGUUUUUGAUAUGGGUUAUCAAUGAUUUUCUAGUCCCAGCAUUUUGGGAGAGCGAAAACCCCAGCAAACAACUUUUCGUUGCGCUGGUGAUGCAAGAAAGUCUCAAGUAUUGCGGACUGAGCUCAGCAUCCUGGAAAGUGGAAAAAGCCGAGCUGUAUCCAAAUGAGGCCAAAUUAUGGGAUAAGUUUAAUACCAUAUCCAAGACCACAUUGUAUCCUUUGCUCUCUUCUCUUUAUCUUGCUCAGUCGUGGAAAGAAUACGCUCCCCUGCAAUAUCCAUCAUUUGCGUUCAAAGAGGGCUAUUGUCCGUGGAUCAAAAGUGUUUGUUUGGAUAUUCUCAAGACAGGAACAUCGGAGGAACACCCAUUGCAUGUUUUUUCAUCACUAAUAAGAGAAGACGACGGCUCCUUUUCUAACUUUCUUUUGCCCUACAUAUCUAUGGAUAUUAUUAUCAAAGCUGCGCCAUUCACGAUCUAUGCCGAAAUAAUGCAGAAUAUUAUCAUGGAGUUUAAAUCUAUCUUCGAUUAUGACUCUAAUGGUCUUAAUCACCUGCAAAUUGACUCCCUCAAAAUGUGCUACCAGUCUAUCUUUGGCGUCUUUGAGUACUGUAAAAAGUGGGCAACUCAAUUCAAACAGAACUAUAAUAGGGUCAACGGGACCUUCAUAAUAAAGGAGUCGAGGCACAGCAGUAUGCUCCAAAGGAUCGACCGUUUUCUGCAAGAAUUUCCCUCUGCGCUGUUAGCUCAACGCUCUUUGGAGACCAGUUCAUUUGAACGUUCUGCCCUUUAUCUGGAGCAGUGCUACAGAGAAGGGUGCGCAACAUCAGAGGUUAGAUCGAACAUCUUAAAAUCACUACAGAACACCUACGAAGAGAUAGGUGAUGUGGACUCGAUUGAUGGUAUGCUCAAAUCUUUUACUUCCGGAAAUCUUGUUUCCAAGAUAGAAGAGCUAAAAUACUCUGACAAUUGGCGCAUGGCUCAAGACUGCUUUGGGGUUCUGGGUCAAUUUUCUCACGCUCCUCAAACAACAACCAAAAUGAUCAGAUCCAUGUAUGAUCAUCAACUUUAUAGUCAACUGCUUUUGCAGCUUGAACCUCUCACAUGUGAGCUAAAGUCUGAAUUAGAUCCAGAAAUUUGUCAAUGGUAUCGAAUGGGCUUGGAAGGCGCAAAUCUUGAGGGAAAUAUAGAAGUAUUAAAAAACUGGCUCACGAAGAUUGAAAGCAUAAAACACGUUACUGAUCCAGAGAUUUUACUACAGUAUAAUAUUGCCAAAGUUCUCUGUUAUGCCCAUUUCAACGAAUCAGAAAAGGUAUCAGAUUACAUGGAAAAGUGUUAUAAACUAAUUGGAACCCACUUCACAACUUCUACUAUAGCCACAACGCUACUCAAAAAACAAACAUUACUCAUGAAGCUUCAUAGUUUAUAUGACAUAUCUUUGCUGUCAUCCAGUAUCGACGAGUUUGAUUACCAAACUAAAAGAGAUAUUGUCAACUACCGUUCAAAGCGAAUAGGUGCAGAUUUUGAGCCUAAUCACUAUGUAUUGUCAAUGAAAAAAACAUAUGGCCUUUUGAAAAAUGAGCCUUACGCAAAAAAUGACCUGGGGGAUAUCUUUUUUAGUAUUUCAAGGCUCUGUAGGGAUAAUGGCAGGCUAGACUUAGCAAGUGAAUCACUAAUGCGCUGCCUCAAGGAUGACUAUCCUCAAACAGAGCUAGAAUUUGCGGAAAUUUUAUGGAAGCAAGGUGAAAAUGAGAGAGCUCUGAUGUUAGUUCAAGAAAUCCAUCAGAAGUAUAAAGAUGAUACCUCAUUGAAGUCACGAGAUAGAGCAAUCGUAUUACUUAAGUACACGGAAUGGUUAGAUUUGUCAAAUAACUCUGCUUCCGACCAAAUAAUAAAGCAGUAUCAAAAUAUUUUCGAGCUUGAUCCAAAGUGGGAUACACCAUUUUAUUCAAUUGGUUUAUAUUAUAGUCGGUUGCUCGAACGUAAGAAGGCAGAAGGUUACGUUACAGACGGUAGGCUGGAAUUCAAGUCGAUAUCAUACAUUCUUCUUGCUCUGGAAAAGAAUCCAGUUCGUGUGCGCGAAACGCUACCAAAAGUUGUCACAUUUUGGCUUGAUAUUGCAUCAGAAGCAAUGACUGAAACAGCAAAAUACCGACGUGAGGUGCUGCAAAAAACUGCAGGCGAUAUAUGCAAGCAUGUUGAAGAGUCUUUGACCAAAAGUCCUGCUUACAUUUGGUAUUCUGUUUUAACACAAAUUUUAUCGAGGCUGUUGCAUGUGCAUUCUACUACAUCUGAACUGCUAACGAACAUCUUAGUUCGAUUGACUGUUGAGUACCCAGCUCACAUGCUUUGGUAUGUUUCGGUGCUACUGAACUCAACUUCUCAGUCUCGGAUAUCCCGUGGUAAAGAAAUAAUUGAUAGAUACAAUCAAGCCAAAAGAAGCACAGAAAAUUUGGUAGCUGAAGCAUCAGAUUUGACAACUGCUUUAACUAGAGUUUGCUUGAAAGAACUACGGGGUUCUUCGAGAGGUGGACGAUCUUUAGAGAAAGAUUUGAAAUUCGACACAAACAUGGCACCUUCUGGUAUGGCAGUACCUGUCAGGAUCAAUUUGCAGAUGAUAUCUGUUAUCACUUCAGAAUCAUUCAAAGUGUAUCAACCUUUUCAGCGAACUGUUUCAAUAGCUAGAUUUGGAUCAUCUUAUAAAGUGUUUUCAUCUUUGAAGAAACCAAAACAAAUCAAUAUUGUCGGUUCCGAUGGAAAUAUAUAUGGGAUUAUGUGCAAGAAGGAGGAUGUCAGACAAGAUAAUCAGUAUAUGCAGUUUGCCACAACUAUGGACUUUUUACUUCGUAAGGACAUGGAAUCUAUGAAGCGAGAUCUCGGUAUUACUACUUACUCAGUGUUGUCUCUUCGUGAAGACUGUGGACUGCUAGAGAUUGUUCCUAAUGUCGUCACUUUGCGAUCCAUUCUAGUGACAAAAUAUGAAAGUUUGAAAAUAAAGUAUAGUUUGAAGAGUCUCUAUGAACAGUGGCAGCAUCUUUCCGAGAAUAAGAAAUUUAGCUUCUAUCAAACGCAGUUGAAAACAUUUCCUCCAAUUCUAUAUCAAUGGUUUUUGGAGAAUUUUCCAGAUCCUAUAAACUGGUUUAAUGCUAGAAACAUGUACGCACGAUCGUAUGCGGUUAUGGCUAUGGUCGGACAUAUCUUAGGUUUGGGUGAUCGCCAUUGUGAGAAUAUUUUACUUGAUAUCCAAACAGGCAAGGUGCUUCACGUUGAUUUUGAUUGCUUGUUUGAAAAAGGGAAGCGUCUGCCCGUACCAGAAAUUGUCCCAUUCCGGUUCACGCAAAAUUUACAGGACGCUCUUGGGAUUGUGGGUACCGAAGGAACGUUUAAGAAAUCAUGUGAAGUUACUGUUUCUUUAAUGAGAAGAAAUGAAGUAUCUUUAGUUAAUGUCAUUGAAACCAUCAUGUAUGAUAGGAACAUGGAUAACUCAAUUCAAAAGGCCCUCAAGGUGUUGAGAAACAAAAUAAGAGGAAUUGAUGCUCGGGAUGGCUUGAUGCUUAGCGUCCCAGGGCAGGUUGAGUCUCUUAUUCAAGAGUCGGCCUCAAAAGAUAAUCUGAGUAAGAUGUAUAUAGGAUGGUUAUCAUUCUGGUAG